GCUCAGGGGAAAUACAAUAUUCAGAACAUAAUUAAAAAGAGACCUCGACAUGAGCACCGCCACGGAACAAGAAAUAAACACUCCCAAUGGCUCAUAUCCAGAACUGGACAGGAGACUAGAGCAGUACAUGCGAACCAUUUUCUGGAGAAAGGAUGCCCUGACUGAACAUGAAUGUGAUCCAGCCGCAGUGGAAUACUUCGGUGUAAUGAGCCUUACUGAUGUACGCUCUCCCCGACGCAAGAUCUGGUACAUGUAUUACUGCACCGGCGAUCGGAUUGACAGCACUGUGGACCGCAUCCAUCGCAAAUAUGGCCAGAAAAAUAUGUACGACCUCUUCCGAAAGCCCAUCUUCAGUGGCGCUGGUAUGAGAUCUAUAGUAAAGAAUCACUUUGCGGCCCUGAAGUGGUAUGUCAAGGGGAAUAUAUUGGAAGCGCCGCCAGACAACUUCUACAAUGACGAGAAAGUGAUAAACACUAUCACAGACUUGUAUUAUGCCGAACGGCAAAGGUAUUAUGGUUUUGUAAUGACGUAUAAUACUUCGUAUAACAAAUAUAGCAACAUAGAGCUGAGUAUUUAAUAAAAUCAUAAUAAGUUUAAUAAAUACAAACUUUGCAGAGAGUCGGCAUAUGAGUUAAGAGUCAAUAGAAAUAAAGUUUUAAGGCAACGUACAAAUUCCUCUUUUUUUGGAUAAAUGUAGUACAUCCCCCGAUUAUUUGUAAGGAUAUUUUCACAAUACAUAUUUACAUAUGCAUGUUUAUACAUAGCUGAUUUCUUCUCAAUACCAAGGAUUGCGUUUAGUACAGUAACCAAGCUGCAAAGCUUUCACAUUGUGAAAUUUAAAAAUAUCAACAGUCUCAGGUUGAUUUAAUAACUAUGUAAUGGUGAAAAAUCAGUGGCACUCGAGGCUCAACCUUAAAUAAGUAAUGAACGGAGAAAAAGCUGAAUACAACUAUUGGCAGCAGACAUAUUUUUCACGAAUUGCCAAUAUCGAUGUAUCGAUGAUAUACU